ACCAACUAGCAUAGCUGCGGUAUCAAAAAGUAUCAUUGGACCGAAGAAAUGGAGGAAAAAUGUGUGGAACAUUGGCAGCAGCACCAGUGCCUAUAUGUGAUGUUUCCUCUGAACUGUAUCACAACUGGUUAGAGAAAGAGAAGAGUUGGAGAGAAUCUGACAAUUCUCUUGGACAGUCAGAUAAGCAAAGGUUUUACAACAAUUCAGCACUGAACUGACAAAUUUCCCUCCUCCUUGAACUUCUGAGCAAAUCUCCCUAAUGAAGAGCUCGAGCGCCUAUCUAAUUCCCCCAGUCUCUCGAGCUGGUGCAGUUAACACGUGAGUCAGUGCGCGGUUCUUACUGGAGGCGCGCGUGCGCUGUAGUUGCCACGCGCAGUGUGAGCGCGCGAGAGUGUUGGGUAAAGUGGCAGCUCGUUCUAGUGCGCGCGCACACACACACAUCAUCAUUCCGAGGUUCUGCGCGAUACUGGACACAACGCGCUGCCGCUCCGCUCAUACUGGAUUAACAAAACACGAUUGCAUAAGAAGUGCACAAGAAAGUGAAACAAAGUUAUGGAUGAAAGAAUACCGAGAAUGCAGAGCAGACAGUUCUUGGAUCACGCUGAUUUCUUGGGGGUUGAAUAUUCGUCUCUCUACAUGUGCAAAUCGAAAAGAGGGAUGAAGAGAGAAGAAGGAAAGGACGCGUACAAGUUACCACACAGACUGAUAGAGAAAAAGAGGAGGGACAGAAUAAAUGAAUGUAUUGGGCAGCUGAAAGAUUUAUUACCUGAACAUCUCAAACUCACGACCCUAGGUCACUUGGAAAAAGCAGUGGUUCUUGAAUUGACGCUGAAGCAUUUGAACGCUUUGACAGCUGUCACAGAGCAACAGCACCAGAAGAUCAUCGCAUUGCAGAAUGGGGAACGAUCGUUGAAGCCCUCUCUCCAGGCUGACUUAGACGCUUUUCACUCAGGCUUUCAAGCUUGUGCCAAAGAAGUCCUGCAGUAUCUGAACAAGGUGGAGAACUGGACGGCGCACGAACAGAGGUGCACGCGGCUCUUCGGCCACUUGCACAAAGUUUCCGCGCAGUUCCAGCCGGGCGCGCGACUCCUGCAGCAUUCAUCGUCCGACGACGACGCUCAAGAGCGGGACACUCAGAGAGAUGCGCAAUCCAACUGCGUCCCUGUCAUCCAGAGGACUCAGAACCUCGAGCUGAACGAAAACGACACUGACACAGACAGCGGAUACGGAGGAGAGGCGGAGAAAGGCGACGGUAAAUGCGAGAAAGGAUGUGACGCGGCGAAAGGAGUUAAAAUCAAGCAGGAGUUCGGAGACGAGCGCGUCGCCAAGAAACCCAAAAUGAACUGGUCUACGAAUGGCGCGUCUUGCUCAGACUCUGCCAAUAACCGGCCGGACGUGGCGCUAAUGAACUCGUUAAUGGGAAUGACAGGUGUUGGUGGACAGCAAACUCCGUUUUGCAUGCCAUUUUACUUCAUAAACCCGUCCGCGGCGGCAUCGUACAUGCCUUUAUUUGACAAAAGUCAUUUGGAGAAGCUUGUGUAUCCAGCAGCAGCAGCGGCGGCGCUGACCACCCCGUUCCCCUGGCUUUAUCCCGGGAUUCCCGCGAACGCCUCUGCCGCAGCCUUUGCGUUUCCCGGAGUCUCCCAGGUUAAAAUCUCUGGAUUUGAUGCCGCAUCCUCAAAAGACAACGACCCGACGUUUCCCGAUGAUGAGCUGUCAAACGAGGCAGAGCUGGCUUCUCCUGAAUCCGGGGAACAAGGGGCAGAGUGUGAUGCUGGUCAUCAGCACCAAAGAAACGAAAAUGAUGGCACAUAAAGCUGAUAAUUUAAUCUUUCAGUGCGCAUUAGUUUGCUUGUAAAACUGCUUCUAUUUAUCUGAUUCUUAAAUUUAAUUGUCAUUAUUGAGUAUUUACAAUAGUGUUUCUAUGGAUUUCCAAACAAAGGCUGUUCAUUUAUUUUUUGUAUUUGUUUUCCAUUAUUAAAUUUAGUUGAAAAACACAACAACAUUUUUUUCUAUUUAGUUUUUAAGGGUAGACUGGGGGGAUGUUGUAACCAGUGUUGGGUAGGUUGCUUAAAAAUAGUAAUCCACUAUAAAUCACUAAUAAUUAAAUCAAAAAUUAUAAUCAGAUUACUUUACUGGUACUUUUUAUUGGAAAAGUAAUCACAUUACUAAUAACUUUACUUUUAAGUUACUUUCUUAGACACUCUUGAACUUUGCACUGAAAUGAAAAUUUUUGGCCGUUACCGAUUUUAAACUAUAGGCCGAUAAUGAUACCGAUAUGUUGCCACUUACCUUAUUUUGUCAUCAGAUUUACUUGGGAAUACAUAAAAAAUUUACGAACUUUUCUAUCAAUAAAUAAUUUUCAAUAUACUGUAUAUAAUUUUUGAUAUCUUAAAAGUCAAGGGCAUAGAUUUGGCUUGAACUUUGGGGUGGGCGGGUUGCAGUGUGAAGCAUUCACAUGUUUCCAUUUAUCAUGGUAUAAAUAAUGGGGGGGUUGUACUCACUUGUUUCGAUUAUUUGGGGGGGUUCGAAGUCAAAGUCUUCUGGUUUCUAAGUGUUUUGGAUGAAUUACCUCAUCAUGUAGGCUAUGUGUAAGUGUGCAUUUGAAUUCACAGUUUUUACAAAGGGUAACUAAUUAAAUAUAAAUAAACCAUCAGUUUUUAAUAUCUGCGUUUUUAUGCUUAUAACUGAUAUGCAGAUGGUUAUAUAAUAUAAUAACUGGGCGAUAAAUAUCGGCAGCUAAUACAUUGGUGCAUCCCUUAAAAACCUUUCAACAUUUCUGUUGUUAUUAAUUGUUACACUCAAGUUAUACACUCAGCACCUCACAUUUCUCCUUCACAAUGACUCGUUACAGGGCCAUAAGUCAUGUAUUCUACAUAAAUAACAUAUUAGAAAUAAGCAUAACCCUAUAAUGUAUUUAAAAGUAAUCUGAUUCUGAUUACAAGAAGUUAAAAUGUAAUGCAUUACAUUACAAAAAUAAUUAGAUUACUGUAACUAAUUACUUUGUAACUGGUUUACACCCAACACUGGUUGUAACAGCCAGACAUUUUAAUGAAAAUCAAAACUUAUUGACCUAUAGGUCUUGCCAUCCAAUGGCAUAUUGGUUAUGACUGAAAAUAUGUCAAAUCUCAGAAUUUGAUCUGGAAUUAUUGUGUUGUUGUGGUAGGGUUUUUAUUUUUCAUGAAAUAAUGUAGUUUAGUGCAAUGUGUAUUAGUAAUCUUCUUUAAGAUAUAGAAAGUUGUUUUCAAAAAUUUGGAAUUAUAUCACAUAUUGGACUCUUGGAUGUAAUAUCUGAUACUGACCUCAUGCAGGCUGGUGUGACUGCUGCAGUAUUUGUCAGAUAACUUUCUCUUUGCUAUAAUAAGACUGGAAGCAGUCAUAAUUUCUCUUUUAAUGUUCAGCACUUGAAAGAGUAACUUAAAUACCUCAACAUUCUUAGAGAUGCUCCUCUGCUAGGGAUGGUGAUAAAACAUUUUUAAUUGGACAAAUCAUGUGAGCAACAAUCCUCUGAUGUAAUGUUACAGCACCCCCGUCUUUCACCCCCCAAAGGAAUUCAUAUGAAAAAUUAAAUUUUAAUCUGUUAUACAAAGGAUAUCAACACUCCACAUUAGAGUAGAAAGGCUAUAGAGUAGAAAGUGAUUUCAGGAUAACGUUUUGACAACUCUUUGUCCCCUGUCAUGUGACUUAUUCACAUUGCUUGCACCUCUAACAAAAAUAUAAAAGGUAUAUUAGCACCUUAUGGAACUUUGAUAUUGAAUGUAUCUCUGUUCUUUUAGUAGAUAUAAAAGUUUGUACUGUAUAUAUUCUGAUAAAAGUAGUUAUUUAAUCCAGAAUUUAAGUGCACUUUUUCUUGCCUUCUCAGUUUCCUAUAACACAAUCCUCACUCAUCAUUUUUUAGUCAAAGCCCUUCGAACUCAAACUAUAAUGUAUGUUUUCUUAAAGAAAUCUUAACUGAAAGGAAAAUUUUGGAUUAUGUGUAUAUAUUUAUGUAUAACAUCAUGAUAAAUGAUUUUUGAAGCUCACUUUAACCAAUAUUGGCUUGCUCACAUCCUGGGCUUAUUUUCAAGAUUUACAAUGAUUCUCCAGUGACAGUUCUUAGUGUCUAGUUGGGGAGACAGCUGUCACCAUUUUAUUUAAAGGUAAAACUUUUAAGAGAUUAUAUCAGUCAUGCUUUGCCUUACUGAAACAUUUUCACAAUUCAUGACCUAUGACAAGCUAACCAAACAAGAGUCAUGCCGUGUAUUGUGCAACUGUUGUAGAGCACUGUAACAUGACACAUGAAUAAUGUAAGCAAACUUUUGAACUGGAUAAAAAUUCAGAAGGCGCAUUUGUGUAUACAUUAAAGACCAAUGUCACAACUGAUAAGGCAAUGGAAGGCUCAUAAGUUAUACUGAAUGUGUUCAUGAAUGCAUAAGAACAGUGUUGUAACCGCUGCCAUUUGUUUUUGCAUUGUAACACAUUUCAUAGGCCCUAUAAUGUCUUUGCCUCGACUGUCAUUUAGCCUAUACAGUGGCAUUUGGAUGUACAUAGUUUGUGAAUAUGCUGUAUGUUUAAUGUUCAUGUUGUAGAGGAAAUCUAUGGAUUUUUUUAAAGGAGAAACUGAGUAACUGCUGCACAUGUCCUUAAUGCUUUACACAUUUGCUGUUUGAAUUUAUGCAGCUCAGUUGUCAAAUAAAAAUAAGCUCAUAUGAACAGAAUGUUAUUAUUCCCCCUCAUU